AUGGCUCUAUCAUUACCUAUUCUUAUUGGAUGGUUGGUAUAUAUAAUAAUAGCAUAUUAUUGUAUUUAUUCUAUUUCAAAUAUUUUAACACGAAUUAUUUUAAUAUUAAUUCUAUGUUUAUCAUUAACAUAUUUAACAUGUCAUAAUCUUCCUGUAUUUCAUCUAUCUUCACUAUUCAUUGUUGCAAUAUGUUGGUUAACAUCAAUUCGUUUAUUUCAUUUAAUAAUAUUUUCAAAAAACAAUUCAUUAACAUUUAAAUCUUAUUUAUUAAAACUUCUUUGGAUUUAUUUUCCAAUUCAAACGAGUACAUCUGUAAAAAAUCAAUGGUCAAUUAUUUCGAGUAUAAUAUUAAUUAUAAUUAAAUUAUUAAUGAGUCAUUGGGUUCAUCGAUGGUUAAUAAAUUGUGAUAGAGGAAUUAGUUUUGAAAGAAUAGUUAUGUUUUAUAUGUCUAUAAUGACAACAUCAUAUGCUGUUGAUAUUCAAGUAAUUUUAAUUCGAAUAUUAACUCGAGAUAAAUAUACAAUGGAAUCAUUUACGAAUUUUCCAAUAUUUAGUUUAUCAAUAAGAGAAUUUUGGGGUAGAAGAUACAAUAAAAUUACAAAUACUAUACUAAAACAAUCAAUAUUUGAACCAUUACGUUCACAAUUUUUAUCUCCAACAAUUAGUGCAUUAAUAACAUUUAUUAUUAGUGGUCUUAUGCAUGUUCAUGUAGCUUUUGUUAUUUUUGAUGAUCUAUCAACAUUAUUUCCAACAUUUUGCUUUUUCUUUCUACAUGGCAUUGCUUGUUGUGUAGAAGCAAAUACGAAUAUGCAAUUUGAUGAUCAUGUUCGAUGGGUAUUAACACAUACAUUUCUUCUUAUUACAGCACCACUUAUGAUUGGACCAUUUAUAAAAGAAGGAUCAGUAUUUUUAAAACUUAAUCCUCCACCAUUGUUCGAUAAUGAAUGGAUACCUAAAUUACCUUUACCUAAUUUUUGUCCAUAA